ACCGCGUGGCGGAAGACAGCAAGAAGAACAAUCAACAAUAGCGGGACAGGGAACGAGUACGUGCGUGUGUGUUAGUUGUGCGAGGAAACGGGAGAGCGAAACAUGUAAAAAAGGGAUAUCCAAUAAGGUGUACUUAGGAGACGAAAAAUUAAAAAAAAACAACAUUUUCCGUACUGUAGCGGUAAAUGCGAAAAGAAAAAGUUACAUUAUACAAAGCCAUUUCUACUUUUAAAAACUCCACACACUCACACACACAGCUUAACCACACAUCGAUCGUUCGAUCUGUGUGGAAAAACUUAAAGAAAGGGCAAAGGAAAAAAAAACCCCGUCACACACAUAUACAUACCCAAAGGGGAGUGUAAAAAAAAGGCGGAAAAGAAAACCUCAUUCCCCCGUCUCUGUGCGUAUAUAUGCGUUUGCGUGCGUGCAUUUGUAUGUGUUGUAGCGUUGUGAAUUUGUGCAAAAAAAAAAAAAUUAAAAAUCGCUUCACAGCCCGUUGCAACACUCCGUUUGGGGAUGAUGAUGGUAUUUUUUUUUUCGUUCGUCGUUGUAUGUGUGCGUGCAUUGGGUAUGAUUUUUUUUUUGUAUCAUUUUAUCAUCGUGUACGGCCAUCCUUAAGCACUCGAGGCGUUUACGGCUCGAUGGAUGGGAAAAAAAAAGAAAAUGGCAACAACACAUUACAAAUCAAAACCGGACAAGAAAAGGGGUCGAAGAAUCUUCCCUUUUGCUCUUUCCUUCCCCUUUCAAUCUGAUGGAUGAACAACGAGUGCAUCACACUUCAGGGCUCAAUCAACCAUAUCAACACUUCCUUUUUUGUGAUUUCAAGAAGAAGUGCUUGGAGAAGCGGGUGUUUUUCGAUGGGUGUGUAAUACCUUACUUGGGGCCUUCUCUUUUUGUUUUCUUUUUCUUUACAUUAAGCCUUCCUUUUAAGGUUCUUGGCACACACACACACACCCUCCACAGCUAGCUCCCAAUUCCUUGAGUCACGCACCGUCUUAUGAUAUGUGUUUUCUACGCAUGUAUUUAUGUGUGUGUGUGUCUGUAGCUCUUCAUGUACGUACAAGGAAGGUUGAUUUUGUUUUUUUUGAAUGUUAAAAAAUUGUUUAAACGAAUGGAAGAAAAUUGAGUGCGUAACACCCCUUUAUCUUCCAUUUUUCAUUCGUUCGUGCGUGCGUUUGUUGGAAAGUUGGAAAAUGUGUAUUUUUUAUUUAUUUUUUUCUGGUUAAAUAUUGCUGCUGUCUCAAAUGUCAUUUUACGCACAAUUGAGAGCAACUUUUCGCUCAUCUCUUCCACCGUGCACAAGCUCUCACAAGUCGAUGAUAUUCAAGUAUUUCUUUUCCCCGCUUUGGUUUUUGGGGGAAAAAUAGAUAAAAAGAAACACUUCUAAUAAGCAACACCAGGAUGGAAAAGGUGUAAGAAAAACACAUGGCAGCAAGAAGCAGUUGGAUACGAAACGUGAACAGACCAUGCGGGCACCAGGAUGAGCUUUCGGCGAUGUAUGAUGCUUAUAUGUGGAUGUGUGCCGUGAAUAUGGCGGAAAAUAAAUUUCCUUUUCCCGCCCCCUCCCCACCAAAAAAUACCCGGGUACCUUCACAUCCGUGACACACGGAGGGCAUGCGUGAGAGAGGAUGCAUGCGAGCAGGAAAAUCCCUACGUUUUUUUGGGUUGUCUCUCUGUGUAUAAGUGUGUGGCUGUUUGUGAAAAAUCAUUCACGCAACGCGGAAAUGAGAGCAAACGGUGAACAUAAACAGCGAACAAGUGCCGUGAAACAAAGUACCAAAAAAAAAACACAAGAGUCUGUUUGUGUGGCGUAAAGAUGGCGGCCGGAACUGUAUGGAGCGGUGUGGUACGGAACUAAAAUUUCACGCACUGGUGUAACAAAUCCGACAGCCCGCCCCGUGUGCUGCUGGUCAGCGACAUCUCGACAGCUGCUUCCUUUUACAACGUUCGUUGUGCGUGUGUGCGCGCCUGUAUGUGUGUGUGUGCAAAACAUGCGUGGGCGUAUGUGUGUGUGUGUGAGGGAGCAUACGCGGUUUUUUCCAGUUUUUGCGUGAGCGGUUAAGGAGAAAGAUUCUUUUUUGUUGUUGUUUUUCGAAUGAAAAUUCCUACCAGAUUUGCUGAAAUUUUGGGCAACUAAACACACACACACAUUAUCCGGUUCCAGUGUUUAGAGUGCUCUACAAGAUGUGCAAGGGCCAGGGAAGGGUAUCGGUUCCAAAAGCGAGUUGUGGAAUGCAUCCAUCCAUCGACCAUCAAAUGCAGUCGGUUUAAAAUUGGCUAAAACAAAACAAAAAAGUCCUACCAAUUCGCGCGCGCGUUCGACCCAUCCGAGAAGCGAAAGCCUGGAAUGAUAAAACGUGUGUGUUGAGAUAGCGUGAAACGGCAAACAGUGCUAACACGAGUGAGGCGCACAGCGCGAAUGCGACAGAAGGUGGGGACGGAAAACAUUGCCUCAGCUAUCAGUAUUUCGAUACGUGCCGCAUCUAGCGGAAGUCCAUUUUGCGUCCACCACCUUUGACCAGGGGCAAAAGUUCUGCGACCAUCAACAUUACAUACCCGCGCGCACUUACUUCCAACACACACGGGGACAUACGUGGAGAGAAACAAAACGAGCCUGAAACAGGUGGAUACGCGUCCAGAAGCGGUUGGAGGAUCUCUAGCCUCACUCCAUGAAGCGAACGUUCCAGUAAAUCCUAGACCGCAACAAUCAAAUCGAAAGCCAAAAUAGGAACGAAAGAAACAAAGAUUCAGCACAACUUAAUCAAUCAAUCAAAAAAACAAAAGCCAAGCUAGUUGAACGCGGGAGGUUACUGCGAAAAUGCCGAAAUGUGACGUUAAGACGAGAUAUAUCCCUGCCACCUUCGCCUGGACCCUGCUGCUCAGCACCACCUUCCUGUUCUUCUGGUACCCAUGUCGCCAGUUUUACAUCCAACGGCAUCCAUGGGUGCCGGCGUACCAGGCCGUCAUUACGUUCUUCGUCAUAGCCAACUUUACGCUGGCAACGUUUAUGGACCCGGGCGUUAUCCCAAAGGCACCACCAGACGAAGACCGGGAGGACGAAUUCCGUGCGCCGCUGUACAAAAAUGCUGAAAUUAAUGGUAUUACGGUGCGGAUGAAAUGGUGCGUCACGUGUAAAUUCUAUCGACCGCCACGCUGCUCCCACUGCUCCGUAUGCAACCACUGCAUCGAGACGUUCGAUCAUCAUUGCCCGUGGGUAAACAACUGUAUUGGUCGUCGUAACUAUCGGUUCUUUUUCUUCUUCCUCAUCUCGCUAUCGGUGCACAUGCUGAGCAUAUUUUCACUCUCGCUCGUGUACGUGCUGCACAAGGAAAAGGACAAGCUGACCGAGGUGGAACCAAUCGUGGCCAUGAUUUUAAUGGCCAUCGUGACGCUGCUCGCCAUUCCGAUAUUCGGAUUGACCGGUUUCCAUAUGGUGCUGGUUUCGCGCGGCCGCACCACAAACGAACAGGUUACAGGGAAGUUUAAGGGCGGUUACAAUCCAUUUUCGCGCGGCUGCUGGAACAACUGCUGCUACACCCAGUGCGGACCACAGUACCCGAGCUUGCUCAAACCACAAAAGUACGUGGCCCGUCGUUCGAACAAGGAAAACCAAUCGAUCAGCACCAUCACCAAUGACGGUGGUCCCGGUGGUGGUGGUGAUGCUGCUGGUUCGGGCCGCCGGCACAUGCCGAAUAGCGGACCCGGCACCCAGCAGCAACAGCAGCAGCAGCAGCAACAGGCAAUGAAUCAGGGCGGUGGCAUCUACGAUAAUAAUCGGCACACGCAGGUAAAAACCUAUAUGGAUCAUGGAAAUGGUCACGGUAUACGUACAGUUGGAUCCAGUCAUUACAGUAAGUCCGCGACGGAUUACGUGCAUCUAGUUUCAUCCCAUUCCGUCUCGCUAAAGGCACUCACGCAAGGCACCGCGGACGAGCUGUCACCGGGUCGCGAAUGCUCCGACAUCGAUAUGGAACCGCAGGCGUCACAGAGCCGGGACUGCGAACCAACACCUCCACUGCAGCGCCACGGUUCGAAGAGCAACUUCUUCCUGCCACCGCUCGACGGUCCUCCGGUCGGUAUGGCGUCGCAAGUAGGCACGGGUGGAGAUUCGCCACGUCAACAGCAACAGCAGCAUAUGCGCAUGUACCAUCCGCGGCAUAGUCCGCAUCCACGGCAGCGAGGACUCGAUCCGUCGCGCAGCUUCACACCCGAGGGUCUGUCACCGGACCAUCCCGGAGGUCCCGGUGGUCCGCCACCGAUGAUCACGAUACAGUCACAGCAGCAGCAGCAGCAACAGCAGCAGCAACAGCAGCAGGGUGGAGGCCCCCGUGGAGGUGUCCCUCCGUCCUCGGCAACACCCACAAUGCAGCAACGCAUUAAGGCGCUCGGAGUCGCCACACCGCUAGCCAUGUCCAGUCCGGUGCGAAGAUCGAACCCAGGCACACCGACGCAACCGAGGAGGCCCGAUUUCAUCAGCGUUGGCCAACCGUCCCAGAUGCAGCAACAGCAGCUUGGUGGCAGCGGCACCAUGACCGGCAAUUACUACGACUUCCCUCUGCAACCGCAACAGCAGCAGCAGCUCCCACCACAAACGAUGGCACUGCACCAGACAUCAGGUCUUCCCCCACAACAUCCUUACCAUCAGCAGCAGCAACAACAACAGCAGCAGCAGCAGCAACAACAACCGUACCCGAUGGUACAUCAUAACGGAGGUCUUGCCGGACCUGGUGGAGGACAGCCGUCCCAACAGCAAGCAUUACGGGGCGGCAACUCUGGACCGACGGUCGUUUAUCAUCACGGUAGCCCACAGCGACGCUAUCUGUCCGAAGGUGAACUCGUCCGGCAGGGUGCAGAACUGUCCUACGCGCGCAACAACCAAACGUCAGACAACAUUCGGGAGCUGGCCGGCAGUCCGCAGCGUGGUGUCUAUCUCUGGAAGGACACGUCACCAGGCUUCAAUCAACCGAACGGUAGCCAACAGCCCACCGUCUCCGUGUACCAGAACACACCCAGCCCAACGGCACCCCAUCAACAACAGCAGCAACAACAACAACAACCGAUGCCCCAAUCCAUGGCACCAUUCGGUACGGUUAGUGCCGCCCGGUAUCAGCUCCAACAACAGCAGCAGAACAGUCUCGCCAACAGUGCACUCGGUGGUGGCAUCGGAGGUAGCAGCGGUCUGACCAGUUACCAUCCGGCACUGCGCGGUGGUGUACCGGUCUUCCCACCCCAACCACCUCUGCAGCAGCAACAACAACAGCAACAGCAACUACUCGGCCAACAUUCUCAGCAGUCACAGCAGCAACAGCAGCAGUCCGGUGUCGGUUUAAAUGGACCAGGUGUGACCGGUCCGCAGGCACCGUCCCCGUCAAUCAAGCGCAAAGCCACCCCUACGCGGCCCAUGUCGUUCGUACGUGCACUCGAGAUGACCGACUCCAUGGACAUGGGAGGUGGAGGCGUUGCAGCAGGUGACAUCUCCGGAGGUCCCGCGCAGCCAGGCGGUGGAGUGUUGCGAGGUGCAACCACCAACAACAACACCGCCACCGCAACCACCACCACCUCUCCACCCGAUCAGCGGGCGAGCGUGUACGACAUGAACUACGAGAUUUCAGUGUAGAAAGAGCAGGAACAGGGCACACCAGACUGCUAGCUAGAUAGACAGGGGCAAGGUUGCUAGUUAGAGAGGUACUGCACACUGGCCAAAAGCAUGGUGGUAAUGGUCGGGUUUCUCGAUACUUUUUGGGGAUUUGCAUCCCCAUAACGACAAACACAAACCGCAAGGAUAUGCUGCUGAAGGUAUGAAACACACGUCCUAUCUCUAUCGAUCACAAGCGAUGGAUUGUAUAAUGUGUGUUUCCGAUGUGUGUGUGUGCAUACUGAACCUGUGUUGCUAUAUUAUGGGUAUAAUGGGUGACAAUGAAAUCCCAAUGCAAUGACUUAACAGCGACAUCACAAAGCGCGUGCGCAAAAGGCAAAAUAGCACGUGCCAAAGUCCAGUGAGCGCUUACUACUCCCUCUUCACCAAAUUUCCUUCCCCACCUUCCCAUCCGAUCGCGGUUUUUUGGCUAUUACGUGUAUUUAUAUUUUGUAUGUGUAUAUAGAUACAUGUAUACAUGCAUACAAACACGCACGCACACACACACACACUCACACAGGCUUAGGUAUGUUUAUAAGCAAACGAAUGAACGUAGGGAAGGUACGCAAGGCUUUAGAUAAUCGCUGUUGUUAUCUAGUUGUUAGGAAGUCAUCAACUCUCUGGUUCACCCCCGUCCCACCAACCAUUAGCACGCCUCCAGGAAGCAAAAUGGGAAUCGGUUCGUGCUUAUAACGAUUUAAUUUUCGUACGAACUGACGCAAUACCAAAAAAAAAAAUGCAACUACUAUUCGAUACGAUCCGGUAACUACGUGGUCGUGUCCCUUAUUCGUCCUAUAAUUACAGCGUUCGAACUAUCAUAAUGAUGCUGUUUUAAAAUCGGGUUCUUCCCCUCCCCCCCCCCCCCCCUUGUUUAGUAGUAGUUGCGUGUGUGCACGCUCGCCAAAUGAAGCAGAGCAAUCGAAUCGUAUUCAAGGAUUUCUUCAAACUCUCCCUGUCUAGUCCGUGUUUCAUGAUUCCUUGUGAUCUCUCGCCACACACAUAUACAUAUAUGUAUAUAAAUAUAUAUACAUACGGAAAGUGUGUAAAGUAUGAACCGCCUAUUUCGAGUGUAUAGUUUUAUAUAAUUUGUUGUAAUCCUCUUCAUGUUUCGUUUUGUACCUUUUGGAGGAUGAGCAUAGGGCGGGCGCAGAGCGGUGGAGGUUGUUUGUUUGUUUUUUAGGUUAGUAUUAGGUUUCUGUUGAUGUUCGCCAAUUAUACUGUUGUGCGCGUGUGUAGUAGCGUCGUGGGUGCGUGUACACGAUAUUGUUGUUUUGCGCUUUCGUGAAGUAUGUUUAUGCGCAGCAAAAUGGCGUGCAUUGCGUUACGCAAGUACGCACGCACACACACACACAUAUACACACUUACAAAUCAGCGUUAUGAUCACUGCUCUUUUUAGUGUGAUCUUUCGAACGUAAUGAUUGUGUGUGUGUGCGCUCGGUUUUAAGGUGUGUAAGUGUGUCUGUAUGUGUGUAUAUAUUUAUUUAUGUAUGUAGACUUUAAGAACGCCAGUUGCAUAAGGGAGUAUGCGGGUUGUCUGCAUUCGAUCCUUUUAGCGAUCGGAUGCAAGGCAUCUGGAUGAAUGUGUGUGUGUGUGUGCGUGCGUGUAUGAGCGCAGAUGUUAAGAAGCGAAAGGGCAGCAACAUCCAAGCUUAGUGAGAUCAAGGGCAAGACGCGUGUGAGAACGUAGUUUGUAGCAGGUAAUGUGUAGAAUGUGUGGUUAGGUUAGGCAAGUGCAAACUGUGUAAUGAUCCUGUACGAAACAAAACAGAUGAGUGGUAAAGUUUUCCCGUUUUGAUCCUGUUUUUUUGCGUUAAUAUAAGUGUGUAAAUAGAGAACAGGAAAACGAAAAAAGAAGAAAAUGAAAACAACCAACAGAACAGGAACUAUACUAUGUACUAGGCUGAGAAACGAAUGAUCCUCUAUUUCACCUUUUCUGUUAGCCUCGUGGACUUGAAUGCUCCAUUUCACCAGCUCCUACUCGUUCCCCUUAACCCUUACAGCUCCAACCCCCUGCACUACCCUACCGAAAAAAGGGAGUAUUAUAAACAAACAUCCAAAGGAUAAUGAAAUGAAAAUGGUUAGCAAUUUCACAGUGUGCAGGUGAGAAACACGUGUUUCGGUUCUUAUUUGUGUCAAAUACAGGAAAUGCGCAGUGAACGAAAAACAGAAACAACAACAAAACAACAAAAAUUCCCGUAAUGAUAAUACCGGGGUAUGCAGCGAAGAAAACGUAACCCUUUCACUUUAGUUUGUAAGCGGAAGGUUCCCGAACGGUUCGGUUCUAAAGCUCCCCCCCCAAAGGGAAAGAUGUAAAAGUAAAACCCAAAAAUAAAGUCCCCGUACACACGCAGUCAAAUUUAGAGCCAUAUUGGAUAUUGGGGUGAGGAACAGAGAGGGUGAGGGGGUGGGGAUGGGGGGUGAGAUAGAAGUAGAGAGAUGGGGCUGGAGAGAGGGAAAAAUGUUUGUGUGUGCGUGUGUGAGAGUGUAUGCACUUUGUUAGAAAACAAAUUGGUGAUCGCAAAAUUGGGGAUACAAUUGAACGUUCCGUUCUAAAGGGAAGCAUAAUGCAUUACGCAGCAAGCGAAGGAAGUAUAAAGCCAGGAUAGGCAAAUGGAUGAACAAUCUAAUACAAAAAUAUUACAAAUUACUACACAGCAGGAGAACAAAAAAAAACAAAUAGCCAGUAACGCUAGUCGUUUAAGUGCAACAAAAAAAAAACAACAUUAGCUGUAACAUUUCACAGUGACUGUAUAUGGCAGAAGGAAGAGAAAACCAACUCAAAUAUAUGUAUAUAUAUACAUAUGUGUAUACAUAUAUAUAUAUAUAUAUACAGCUAUUACUAA